AUGGAGCAAAUAUUCAUGAUUGAGAUUUUUGUAAAGAAAAUAGUCUUAAAAAUUGAGCCACCAGAAAAAGACGAAUAUGAACUUCGAAUGGAAGAAGAGGAGAGAAAAAGAGAGGCCGAAGCAUUGGCUGCUGCUGAAGCGGCAAAGAAAGGUAAAAAAGGUGCAAAGCCCCCAAAACCUAAGAAGGGGAAGAAAGGCAAAGAACCUCCUAUGCCGUCUGAGGAAGAAAUGAAGUUUAUGCAAACCUGCACUAUGCAGAUAAGUUGUUUACCUGUUUUUGAUUUUUAUGUGGCCCAUGAUAACUUUAUACCGCCUCCUCCACCACCACCACCGGGUAAGAAAGGUAAAAAAGCACCAAAACCCAAAAAAGGAAAGAAAGGUAAGCUUCCUGUUCAGAAAUUAGUACUUCCUUCUGAACCUUUGCCUCAACCGCCCUACUUCGGUGUUGGCAACGCAAUAACAUUUCUAUCAAGGCCCUCAAAAUUAGAAGAAGUAUUAAGAAAAACACCCAUUUAUAUAACAGUAUGGAAUAGAGAUCAAGAGAUGAAUUGUAUAGGAUUUUGUGUAGUUGAAUGGCAUGAAUCGUUUUUUGAUUGUCUUCAAAAAGCUGCCGAACUAAACCCAGUAAAUAUGGACCAAGCCGAAUAUAGAGAUACUACUCGACCAGAAAUGGUAACGAAUACAGUAGAAUUGACCCGACCCUUGCAGUGUGAGGAAGAUUUGAAAGCAUCAGGUGAAAUCGAAUUUUUCAUCCGACUGACGUGUAUGGGCAAUAGGGUCAUAAGUUAUUUUGUAGCGCUACCAGAAAUGGAGAGACUGCCUGGCCGUAAAUAUUUGUCUGAUGAAUUGAAAUUAAAAGAUGUAGAGGUGGUCAGACACUGGGAAGAAACAACGAUAGACGCUGUGCCACCAGUUGCAUAUUUCUUUGGUGCUCCAGAUAUAGUUCGUGAACCAAUAAGACCUGUGGAAGAACUGAAAGUGUACGAUGACUUUGUUGCGCCUUACACAGCUAUUGAGUUAGCAAUACUUGCCAUGGGAUUUCCUAAGGGCCCUUGUGGGGGUACAAACUGUCCUAAAAGAAUGGAAUAUAGGGGCAGUCAACACCAGUUCAUAUUUGGAGAGAUGGUGAAGGGCAAAUAUCAACAUGGUCAAUUUGUUAACAAGAGGGAUGUACACGGUCCUUGUGGAAGACUGGAUUGUCCUUUGGCAAAGAAAGUUCGAGCGUAUCUCUGUAAUGAAGGCAGCUACAAGCCUUGUAAGAAACCGUGUUAUAAAGAUUAUUAU